AAACAGACGAUGUGCCCAUGGAUGCGACAUGUUAAAACAUUACGCAUGACGUUAACGAACAUGUCCUCAUUGGAACAUGAAGGCGGGACAGAGAACGCCAGCUAGCUAAAAACAAAGAUUUUAGCCUAGAAUCUGCCAAGCUAACCAACACAUUAAACUGACUAAAGGAAAUUUGCCUAGGACAUUGCCCAGACCGUCCACAUUCGGCGCGAGUAUCAGACAUUUAAUUCAUGUAUUACCGUAUAAUACACAAUCUUGCGAUACUUUGAGGACUGCGUAUGUAUUUAGCGUUGUCAUUUGUUUAGAUUAUGUUAAGACAUCUAUCUCAGCAUGCCUCUGUGCUGGCCCAGCGUAAGCCCCUGAGUAGAACAAGCUGUUUAAACUGAUAUCUGAUGUAUUUAAUGAGUAGAAACCAGAUACAUUACUCAAACGAAAUCUACGCGGGUGCCAGGUAUCAACAAAUCAAUGGAUAAAUUUGUUGUUAGGGGUAGGAAAGUACCUGAAAAGUCGACUAUCAAGCAUGGAGAAAAGGUCUAUCGGCAGACCACCAUCGAAUCUCUACGGAGAGUGGUCGUAAUUGAGGACAUCGAAAGGUACAAAUCUAUCCUUGAGUUGUCUGGUCAAACGAAAGAAAACAUGUUAAUGGCUUUGACGGAACUUGGUAAGAAGAUGCCGUCUAAAGAAGUGCUGAAGACCACCAAAAUAGGACAUGUUGUGAAUAAAACGCGCAAGAAUGCAGACCCAGAAGUAAGCUCUUUGGCUAAGGAGGUCUACCAAAAAUGGAGAACCUUUAUUGAGGAGCAUGCAAACAAACCUUCCAUAGAGGUGCGCUGCGAUAAACAAACCGAGGAACUGCGGCACAACGCGAGGCGUCUCCUUUCUGAAUCCAUGGAACUAGAGAAAGAGCAUGGCCUUGUGGAGAAUAUUGAGAGGGAAAUAUUUCAUCAAAGUGCUCGUCUUAUAAAUGGUGGCUACAGACGAACUGUGAGGACCUUGGUCUUUGCUCUGAAACACAAGCCUGACUUAAGAGCACAAGUCAAGGACAGUAAACUCUCUGUAAACAUUCUUGUUAAAGACCACAAAAAAUGACAGUACAUGGGAAAACUCCUUUUCAGAAGAUGUAGAGGUACUGCUGCUUGUCUCAACAAGAACACCGGUUUUAAAGUGUUUUAAAGUUUGUUUGUUUUACUGUGACUUUUUAAUGACAUUUACAAUGCAUGAAAGGUGCUCAUAUUCUUGUUUCACCAUGAAAUAAAAUCUUGAAUGACAAGAA